UUGAAUCACACGAUGUCGAGCUUCAAUACUCAUCGCCGUUCUUCUGUCAUCGGGUUUAUUGUGGCAGAGCCGCUUUCCCUCUUUUUUCCCUCACUUCUACAUCCUGCCGUGCAGGACAUUCCGUUCCUUGCGUGUUCUUAGUGACCAUUGCUAUUUCUUCUUUUCGUCGGUCUACAGAGGCGGCCGUAUUUCUAUUCAAUUUGCCGUCUUCGGUCCCUUGAUCACCAUGUAUCUGCUUCUUGUUGUCAUAUUAGCCCUGCGGUCGGCCGUGACUGCGACACCCAUCGCCUCUCAGGCUUCGUCCCGGAGGCUCGUGAAGGAACUCAACCAGGCCGCGUUCGAGGAGGCGCACCAGCGCGACAACACGGCGACGAGGGCUUUCACCAACACUCAGAUUCGCACCUCCGACGGAAGAUGCUUAUUCGUCGACGAGCUCUCGGGCGAUUUCCGAGCAAACCUUACGCCGAUCCAGGUCGCCGAGUGCGGCGCCACCGACGGUCAGGGGUGGGAUGUCAUCACAGCCGGAAAGCAUAACAAUGCCCAAGGCUCUGCGCUCAUCGUGAGCUCUCUGACGAAUGCCUGCUUCAACUUCGAUCCUCGACGGCCUAGCGGCAACCAAGCGCUUCUGUUCAGCUGUGGUGGCCGAGCGGACGGCAGCGGCGAAGUUACCGACUCUCAGCUGUUCUCCUUCGACAGUAGUAGCGGGCCCGUUACCUUCUCGCCCAGAAACGAGCCGCAGUUGUGCUUCACUGUAAAGGGAGACAUCGUCGACGCUGCUCCUUGUGCCGCCGGAAACGCCGACCAGCAGUUUACGUUCGGCGAAGCUAGCGGCAACGCCCCGGUCGAAUCGAGCGUCGCAACCAACCUGCCCAUAGCCACGUCCGAUGCGCCUGCGCCGACCCAACCCGGGAACACGGCGACCGUAACCGUAACCGUGACAGUAACCACCGGCCAAGCGCCGGUCACCGUGACGGUAACCGCCGGCCAGCCCCCUGUCGAAGAAGCGACAUCCUCUACCGCGGGAAUCACUGCGGCACCCUCGCCGACAAACGGUGCGGGUGGAGGGGGGAUCCCCAACCCUACCGAGGCGGUACCCGUGUCCCGCGCCGGGGGCGUGCUGCAGCCGAGCGCGGCAGCGGAAGCCCACCAGCGAGACGAGACAGCGACGCGCGCCUUCACCGCGGUUAGCAUCCAGGCGCCGAACGGCCAGUGCCUCUUUAUCGAUCCCACCGCCGGAGACUUCCGCCAGAACCUGAUCCCCGUCUCUCUCGUCGAGUGUGCCGGAACUCCCAACGAGAAAUUCGAUAUCAUCACCUCAGGGGUCCACAACAACGCCCAGAACGCGGCCCUUCUCGUCAGCAGCCUCACAAAUGGCUGCAUCAGCUUUGACGGACGGCGCCAAGCUGGCGACACCGUCACUCUCUUCUCUUGCGGAGGACGAGCUGCGGGAGAGGGCGAGACCAACAGCGGCCAAUUGGUUCCGUUCAUUGGCGGGACGGAUCUGGUCAUCGCGCCAGUGGCCGAGCGCAACGCCACUUGCAUCGUGCCCGGAGACGGUCGGCUUGACUCGGCGCCGUGUGCCAACGAUGGAUCGCAAGUCUUUACGAUUCUUGCGUAAACAACUGAAUGGUGACAUAUGCUUCUUUCUAUUGUAGAUAUUA